UUUUUGGUAUAUGGAGAUUUUGAUCGAUGCCAUUAUGGGGCGUAGUCUAUUGAUAGGUGUCAAAACUGACAAGUAACAACUAUGCAAAAACUAGAUUUUACGAAGAGAAUGAGAAUUUCAGAAAUGUGUGGUUAAAAUCUUUUGGGUUCCUCUUGUUACACUGUGUAUAAGGGAGAUCUGGAGUCCAUUUUAUAAAGGCAUAGUUUUAAGGAGUAAACUGGGUAGAAUGAUGCAUUUAUAAUACCGUAGUAGUUAUUAGACUGAAGGCUUUUGACCAUUGUUGAUGUCGGUGGUGUACCCACUUAUAAUUAUAGCCUUGUGGGUACCGGUUCUCCGAUUAAUCUCUUCUCUGACCAAAUUUUUAGUCAUCAUAGCAUUUUUUUCGAGGAUUUUUUUGCUCUAUACAGCACAAACGAGGUCUACACCAACGAUUAUUGACCACCACACAUGAAAGGUAAAACUGUUGAUAAGUGGAAAUUAUGCUGCUGUAAAUGUUUGCUGCAGAUUUACUGUAUAAACUGCAUGUUUUCAUAACAGCCGGUCGCGUCUAAAUACUCUAAAUUAAUGCGCUUUAAUAAUAAUAUUAUUAUAUCAGUGUCUCGAUAGUAGUUUCAGUAAACGGCCGCAUAGCGAAGAGUCUCGACCAACAUCUUGAGAGACUCUCGCUAGGUGGUUGGAUCAAGGGUCAGAUGCAGAGGGCGGUGAUCUUGGACACGGCGCGGAUAGUCCGGCGGUUCGUCUGUCUGCGGCCCGAAUUACUGGCAGCUUGGGCCCUGCCCCGCUGCUGGCGGCACCCUAGGUUAGGGUUUUUUUAUAAUAUAUUCAUGUUUAUAUGUAUUUUGUAUUUAAAUUUUAUACUCAUAUUAUAAAAAAUCCUAACUUAAGAAGAUAAAUAAAUAAAGAGGAGGAUUAUUAAACCUCUUGAAGAGAGCGAUGUUUUUCUGGACUAGAUAGCACAACCAAGGAUUGAACCACAAUUUUUGACCACCAUACGCAUAUGAAAGGUUAAACUCUUAAAAUCAAACUAAUCCUGUGCAUCACUGAGGCCUUAAGUCAAAUCAGCUUCUCCGUAUGACUCACAAGAACAUGCAAACAAUUCACAACAUAUGCACUUGAUGCUUCUCCUCAUAUUUCGGACGUGAACGCAUACCGAUCGCAAAUACCAUAUUCGCGGACUCGCAAUCGCGGACAGAUAACGUAUUGAGUACCGGCGUAUUAACAACAGACUUUAAUCUUAUUAAUUUUAAAUAUUAUAUUUAGAUUUAAUGCUUUGGAAAAUUUGUUGCCAAUCGGACACUAAUCGGAUAGUUCCCACUCGUUAUCAUCAAAAUGGUUGCUUUUUUGUAUCCAGCCUUUUUCAUAACUGCGUUGCUUCUGUGCGUCUAUCGUUAUUCAUCCACAAUACAAAAACAGGAAAAGAGAAUCAUAACCAGAUAUAUUCUACUGAAGACUGGGCCAAGUUUAGCGCCUUUGAGAUUUUUACGUCACGCGUUCGACGCGUUUAUAUCGAACGAUUGCGAAUACACGAACUGCUACGUUUCGUAUAAUGUCAGCGAUCUGGGAGGCGUGGUAUACUUCGACGCAAUCGUUUUCAAUGGACGGCAGCUACCUAAAGCACGCCCUCGCCUCCGUAGGUCGCCUAAGCAGAAAUACGUUUAUGCCAAUAUGGAGUCAUCACAGAAUUUUCCCAUUUACAACACUCGCCUCAACAGCUUCUUCAAUUGGACUUGGACUUAUAAGCUGGAUUCUGAUUUGCGUUGGGGCUACUUCACAGUUUACAACUUGGCAGGACAAGUUGUUGGGCCUAAAAAAGAAAUGCAUUGGCAAGAGAUGGAUCCGAUAGAUGUCCAGACUAUGACACGUUUGUCUUCGAAGAGCGUAGCGGCAGUUUGGUUCGCUUCUAAUUGUUACACAUUAAGUAAUAGGGAAGAAUUUGUUAAGGUUUUAGUAAGAGAGCUACAUCGCUACGGCCUUUUAUUACACAUCUAUGGGGCGUGUGGCCAUAAGCGCCAUGGCGUGUGUCCGCGGGGAAAUCCAGAGUGCGACAAAGUGUUGGAACAGAAAUACUACUUCUAUUUGGCGUUUGAGAACUCGCUGUCUGAAGACUACGUAACAAAAAAGGUGCUGACGGCUCUGAACCACUACACGGUGCCUGUUGUUUUCGGCGGAGCUAAUUAUUCCAGGUUCUUGCCUCCGGGCAGUUACUUGGACGCACGCGAGUUGGGCGCCAAACGUCUGGCGGCGCGGAUGGCCGCCAUCAUUAACGACCACAAGAAAAGCAACGGCAGCCUGUACUUUGACUUCUUUAGAUGGCGAAACCAUUAUACAUACAAAGCAACACAUCGGAAAGAAGACGUAUGCAACAUAUGUAAACUUCUCAAUGACCCUGUAGCUCUGACAAAGACGACUGGUUAUGAAAAUUUUAGAGACUGGUGGAAUGGUUAAGAGCUACAGUAAUAACCAGAAUAACAUAUCAUAAGAAGAGAAAAAAUAUUUUCACUUUAAAACAAUUUUUCGUAAAUAGAUAAAGGAGGAAAACAGCCAUGAAAAUAAAAGAAAUAUCGUGCUGCCUACAAAUUCUGAUUGCCUUUAUAAUAGCCUGAAGUCGUGAGCGAAGAAAUUUAAAAUUUAAGAAUGUCAAUGUUUUGCGUUUGCAAAUGGAUUAUUUAAAUACAAGAUUGGAAAUAGAAACGUUUGUAUUCUUUAAUAUUUCUAGUUGGAGUAAGGUAGACCCUUACGAUACCUGUAUCAAAUUAU